UAUGUCUUUUGAUUGCUUAGGAUUAUUUAGGAAAGUUCUAUCCGAUGAACCCAAAAUUAAAGGCAAACGCAUUUGUGGAGAAAAUCAAAGAAAUGCAAAAGUUCUUCAGAAUGACAGUUUCGGGGAAGCUGGACAGAGAUACUCUGGCUAUGAUGAAGGCUCCUCGAUGUGGAAUGCCCGAUGUGUCAGAAUACAGCAAGUUCCCUGGAAAUCCACGAUGGAAAAACACCAAACUGACAUACAGAAUUCAGAAUUACACCCCUGAUCUCCCUCGCCAAAAGGUAGAUGAAGCGAUACAAAGGGCACUCAAGCUGUGGAGUGAUGUUGCCCCACUGACCUUCAGAAAACUAACUUCGGGAACAGCAGAUAUCAUGAUCAAAUUUGCAAAACGCUAUCGCAGCAUAGGGCAGGCAGAAAUAAAAAAUCAAAACGUUAUUUUUUUCUCCUUAAGAAUUCAGAAUUACACCCCUGAUCUCCCUCGCCAAAAGGUAGAUGAAGCGAUACAAAGGGCACUCAAGCUGUGGAGUGAUGUUGCCCCACUGACCUUCAGAAAACUAACUUCGGGAACAGCAGAUAUCAUGAUCAAAUUUGCAAAACGCUCACAUGGAGAUUUUGACCCUUUUGAUGGCCCCCAUGGUGUUUUGGCUCAUGCAUUUGCUCCAGGAAAUGGAAUAGGUGGGGAUGCUCAUUUUGAUGAGGAUGAAAAAUGGACAAAUAGUGCAGCAGAAUAUAAUUUGUUUCUUGUUGCCGCACAUGAAUUUGGUCAUUCGCUGGGUUUGGGUCAUUCUCGUGAUCCAAACGCUUUGAUGUAUCCAACCUAUCACUAUUGGAACACCGGAAACUUUCGUCUACCCCAAGAUGAUGUGAAAGGAAUACAGUCCAUAUAUGGGAGAAAGAAAUAGGCAAAAUAACAUGAGCUGGAUCUCCAUAUUGUAUUUGCCAAACAAAAUCAGUAUGCAAGCUUUGUUAUUUUAGUAUGGCAAUAAUCCUUCAGCAGCUACACAAAGAGAAUGCAAUAAUAACCUACAUUUAACCACACGGGAGGGUUCUAGUUGGUCAUGGCAUGAAUCCAGCUUUCCAAACAGGGAUUGGCCAACGUGAGAGUGGAACUUGGAAUCGGCAAAGGUUUAAGACAUCUUCUAUGGACCCCACUGGUCAUAAUGAUAUUAAUUACUAAUUGUUUGCUUCUGUUUUUCAAAUAAAAUCAGUGAUUUGCCAAAAGCUUCUCAUUUUUAAAGUGUUUGCUACAGACAACCCUGA